CUUUACAAAGAUGUGAUGCUGGAGACCUACAGGAACCUCAUUGCUAUAGGAUACAAUUGGGAAGACCAUAAUAUUGAAGAACAUUGUGAAAGUGAUAGAAGACAUGGAAGGCAUGAAAGAAGUCCUGCUGGAAAAAAACCCUAUGAAUAUACACAAUGGGAUAAAGCCUUCACAUAUCACAGUCAUCUUCAAAACCAUGAAAGAAUUCAAACUCAAGAGAAACCCUCUGAAGGCUUUCAACAGAGUGAAGCCCUUGCAUGUCAUAGUAGUCUCCAAAUACUCCAAAUAGAUACCGGAGAGAAACCCUACAGAUGUAAUCAAUGUGAUAAAGCCUUUUCACAACCCAGGUAUCUUCAAAUACAUGAAAGAUCACAUACUGGAGAGAAGCCCUACAAAUGUAAUCAAUGUGAUAAAGCCUUUGCAUAUCACUGUAGUUUGCAUUUGCAUAAAAGAACACAUACUGGAGAGAAACCUUAUGAAUGUAAUCACUGUUGUAAAGCCUUUUCACAAAGCAGUUAUCUUCAAAUACAUAAAAUAAUACAUACUGGAGAGAAACCAUACAAAUGUAAUCAAUGUGAUAAAGCCUAUUCUCAACCUAGUCAUCUCCUAAUACAUAAAAGAACACAUACUGGAGAGAAGCCUUAUAAAUGUAGUCAGUGUGGAAAAUCAUUUGUAUCUCACAGUCAUCUUCAAUCUCAUGAAAGAAUUCAUACCGGAGAGAAACCUUACAAGUGUAAUCAAUGUGAUAAGGCCUUUUCACAACACUCUAGUCUCCAAAUGCAUAAAAGAACACAUACUGGAGAGAAACCUUACAAAUGCAAUCACUGUGAUAAAGCCUUUUCACAAAGCAGUAGUCUCCAAAUACAUACAAGAACACAUACUGGAGAGAAACCCUAUGAAUGUAAUCAGUGUGGUAGAGCCUUUGCACGUCACAGUAGUCUUCAAACCCAUGAAAGGCAUCAUACUGGAGAGAAGCCCUAUGAAUGUAAUCACUGUGGUGAAGCCUUUGCACAUCACAGUAGUCUCUGGAGACAUAAAAGUAUUCAUACUGCAGAGAAACCAUAUAAAUGGAAGAUAUGUGGUAAAUCUUUUACACAUCAGUUAUCUCUUAAUGUAGAAAAAUAG